AUGAAUGCGAGGAAAGCAAAAACAUUCACCGCCGAUGACUACCGUUUGACCCGUUUUCUCGGCAAAAGUAAAGAGAUUAAUCCGCGGUUUGCCAUCGAUUUGAUAGCAGAGACGCCGCCGAUCGCAGCCAAAGACCAUUGGAUCAGUUGCGACGGCGGCGGCGGACCGUUGGGUCACCCGAAGGUGUUCAUCAAUCUGGACGAUCCCGGAGAGUACGGCACAUGUGGUUACUGUGGUCUCAGAUUUUACAAAGAGGGACACCAACCGCACCAUUAG